UGAUCUUAAUCUUAUUCAUUUCUUAGUUAUUACUUCAAGAAAGCCUUAAGUUUUUUUAUUAACAGUUCGCCUUUUUUCAGCAGCAACCGAAAGUCUUUCGUUUUUGUAAAAGAUAUUUCCAAAGGUAUACACGCACGAGCGCGGAAUUAAUUUUCUUCUUUGUGUCCUUUGUGUGGUUCACGCAAUAGUGCGUGGUUACUUACGUAACGGUGCGAUCGAUCGCGCUCUUCUUAACACGCCGUCAUCAGCCACGCAAAUUUCCACCGUUAUCAUUACACGUUGGGUGGAUAUUCACCGACGGAAUACGAGAUAAACGUAGAAGAUUUACUUUGGCGAUCAGUUUUACAGACACACUUCAGUUCUCGGAAGUAAAUUGGAAUGAACGUCGCAGAUCGGCCAAUGGCUCGAACAAUCCGGUUUUAACAAAUAAUUUCUCUCCUUCAAUCUCAUCUUCGUCAUCGGCAGUCAAUUCUGUUUGCAAAUGUGCGGUCUCGUGGCAAGACUGGGAUCUCGUGAUCGAAUGUUCGUCUCCUAUUCAUCAUCGACCUGAUGUGUUUCGUGAAGUUCUUCAACUACCUGUUUAACGCUCGUAAGAAAUACCGAGAGUUCAUAAAGAAACUGGAUAUUGUAGAUGACACAUUUGUAAAGCUUGGAAUAUCUAAAGAAUAUGAUAAAGAACGAAAAAUGAUAAAAUGGUCAUUGAUUUCGUGGUUCAUAAUGGUAGGUCUGGUAAAUAUUUUUGACGGUUUAGUGUGUGUAACACAGCACUCUAAUACGAAAGCUGCGAUGAUUAUACCUUGGAUUAUAGUUUACUCUGUACAUAUCAAUACUUUACACGACUUGACAAUUAUAUAUAUGUUAAGAUAUAUCGGUAACAGAUUCGAUAAAAUAAACGACCGCAUUGUGCAACUCUCAGAGAAUGAGGACUAUGGAUUAAGAUGCAUGUGGAAAAAGUCUCUUACUGUCAGUCGUCGCUAUGUUCGAAACACAGAGUAUCGCAAGCAUGAGUUGUGGAUUGCAAUGCAUCUUCAUUUGGAACUUCGUUGUAUAGCUCGGAAUAUAAAUGGAUUUUAUGGAAUGCAAAUGACUGUGCAAAUGGUUUCUUGUUUUGGUUAUUUUCUAGGGAUACUUUAUUAUCAAUAUCAUGUACAGCUAUGUCUUAUCCACACAUAUGAGAGCGGGCAAGCAAAAGUGCUGCUUAUGCUUUGUACUGACAUAUGGACGAUUUAUUUUUUAAUUAAAUUUUUAUCAUUAAAUCAUAUUUGUGAAAGUGUUAGUGCCAAGGUAAUGUAA